AUGGCUGUCACCCCGCGGCAGCGCAGCGGCGGGCACCGGGCGUCCCUGGGCGCAGCGCCCGCCGGGCCGGGCGCGCAGGCGGGGCCGGGGGUUGGAUCGCGCCGCCGGCGGAGCGCGCGCUGCCGCGGGCUUCCGGGAACCGCGCUGCGCUCGGCGGCGCCUCCGCACGCCCAGGCAGCGCGGCGCGGGGCGAGCGUCUCUCCGCCGCAGAGCCCGCCGCGCGGGGGAGCUCGGCCGCCGCGCCGCCUCCCGCGCCUCCGCCCCGUCGCCCGCUGCCCCGGCUGCCAAAGUUUCUCGGUCACGUGCCAGCCCCCGGCGUCCCGGAGGGCAGCGCGGAGUGACCGAGGCCACGCGGGGAGAGGGGGCCGCAGGGGGGCAGCCGGCGAGAGGCGCGGGAGGGGCCGCCCCGCGGGCCGCGCUGAGCGGGGAGCGACCAUCGCGGCUUCUCCCAGGGACGCCCGCGCUCGGGAACCCCGGCGAGAACGCGGGUUGGGGACUCGAACAAGGGGUGCCUGUGUCUGCGGGCCGCCACAGCAACCUGAACCGAGAGAGAGCGACAGCGGCGAGGGUGGGGGACGGCGGGGACUUGGCAUUAACUUCUUACGGGACUUAACUAGCAGGUACUCUAGGCUAGACCGUUCGCUUCUGCGGGACCCCCGCCCCUCCGUCUGGUUUCCUUUUCGACAGUGCAGGGAGCCAGGCAGGAGUCUCCGCAGAAUUGGAAAAGCACACAGAUGAAAUCAUAUUUAUUCUUCUCUGAUCCUGCAUUUCAAGAGG